AUGUCUCAAAGGUUUGAAGUGGACGGAAAGCCCUACUAUGAGCCAUGUGUGCUCUAUAGGGCGCCAACUAUUCUAACAGGAGAGUUCUGUCCAGUGUUCACCAAAGACAUACGCGUCAUGCGGCCUGUGUCUGCUAUAUAUGGGGCAAGGCUGAAAGAGCCUUGGGCCCUACUUAGAAACAUUCCCAUAUACAAAGUGGCCAUCACUGGUUAUGUGGUAUCGAAGUCUGAAGUUGGUUUCGAACUCAAUGAUUCCUCCAGCACCGUGACUGUUAGGGUUGAAAAAGAGAUACUCCAGGUACUCAACUUGCGAGAUCUGGUGGUAAUUUGCGGCGUUGCGGAGUUCCUUCAAGGAAUUCCUGUCGUGAGAGCAUAUCAAAUCACGCGACAGCGAACUGAUCAGGAGUUGCAGGUCUUGAGUGAAUGGCGUCGAUGUGUCCUUGGAUUCAAGAAGGACGUUCUAUCGAAGAGGUUGGGAUUGAAUGUGUCGGUUACACCAUCCAAACUUUACGGUAACUUCUCCCCAACAUCCACCAUAAAAUUGCGUGUCUUAGAAAUUUUGAUGGCCAGUGAGGAGAAUUGUGUCUCCGAAGACAAUCUAUAUGUCGAUUGCAAGAAUAAAUUGUUGGAUGCUGGCCCCACAUUCAAAAAGGACGCCUUCGACAUGGCCAUCAACGAGCUCGAAUUAGAGCAUAUUCUUAUACGGCGAGCCAACAAAAUUCAAUUGUUUGACUAUUUCGAUGUCUUGGUGCAAUAUCUCGGCGAUAGGCUGCUUCGGAUCGGGAAGGAGAAUAAAGAGAAAGGCAAUUCGAGAAGAGUUAUACGACAUACUGUUCGAUCUCUACCUUUGAAAAAAGUGCUCAGGAGGUUUCCAUUUUUGAGGCUUUCCUUUGAAACGUUGAACCAUAUAAUUUUCACUAUUUUGCAACAGUUGGAGAAGGACAGUGCACGUAUCUCUUGCCUGAAUCCAGGAAAAAGGUGGGUCUUCCAGUGUGUGGAGGAUGCAUGGAAGCCCACUGAACACUAG